AUGGAGAAAGUGGAGCCGGAGAAGCGAGGGCACCGCGGCACGACACUGCUGAACAUGAUCUCGUCUUUAUGUUCAGUGGCGUCCGUGGCCUUCUGCGUCCUCCUGAGCUUUAACGCAGCGGACCUUCGGCACCGGGUUGUGGAUUUGGAGAGUGGGAACGGCGGGCAGACCUUGAUCCGCGCCCCCGGCUCCUCCAUGGACGACCUGAGCUCCCUGGUGCAGCAGAGAGUGGAUGAGGUGCUCUCUCAGCGCUCCUAUGAAAAUUUGAUCAAGAUUCGGACUGCCAGACAAACAUCACCUGAAUGCAACUGCCCUCCAGGACCUCCGGGAAAGCGAGGAAGAAGAGGCCGCGAUGGAGAACCUGGAACUCCUGGUACUCCAGGUCCAAAGGGUGAAAAGGGCGAUCAAGGCGACCAGGGACCACGGAUGGUCUUCCCUAAGAUCAAUCAUGGCUUUCUUUCUGCUGACCAGCAGCUCAUAAAGCGACGUCUCAUUAAGGGAGAUCAGGGGCAGGCGGGACCGCCUGGGCCUCCGGGACCACCGGGCCCUCCAGGGCCGAGGGGGCCUCCAGGGGACACGGGGAAAGAUGGACCCAGAGGUGUGCCUGGUCUAGCAGGUGAUCUGGGGCAGCCAGGAGAUAUAGGACCUGCGGGGCCUGAGGGGCCAGAAGGGCAAAAGGGUUCCCUUGGGUCUCCUGGAAGCCCAGGUGAUGAUGGACUGAAGGGGGAUGUUGGAAUCCCAGGAUUGGACGGUAUCCCCGGAGUCAAGGGUGAAAUAGGAGAGCCAGGUGAAAAGGGUGACAUGGGUGAGGACGGUCCGAAAGGCGAUUCGGGGGAGAAGGGAGACUCAGGUUCCUCUGCAGCUGGCAUCAAGGGUGAACCUGGAGAGUCCGGACGAAGUGGACACAAGGGAGAGCCAGGACUUCCAGGGCUGCCUGGACUCCCAGGGAUAAAGGGCGAGCCUGGGUUCCUCGGCCCCCAGGGGGAGCCAGGGCUUCCCGGACUCCCAGGAACGAAGGGAGAGAGGGGAGACCACGGGCCACCAGGGAAAGGGGAGCGCGGAGAAAUUGGAUAUGUUGGACCGAAGGGGUCACAAGGAGAGUCGGGUACACCUGGUAAUAAAGGGUCAAAGGGGGAGACUGGAGAUAAAGGAGACUUGGGAACCUUCGGCCCGAAGGGGCCCCCUGGGCAGAAAGGAGACCAAGGGGCCACUGAAAUCAUCGACUACAAUGGAAACAUACAGGAGGCUUUACAGAAGAUUACUACUUUUACAGUAACGGGUCCUCCUGGACCUCCGGGGCCAAUCGGACCUCAGGGUGUAAAGGGGGAUCGAGGUCUGCCUGGUCUCCCUGGACUCGAUGGAGAAAGAGGCUAUAAAGGUUCAAAAGGGGACAUGGGAAUGCCUGGAGCUUCAGGGGAGAAAGGAGGAACUGGUUUAACUGGUCUACCUGGUGUGAAUGGGGUAAAGGGAGAAAAGGGCGACCUGGGUCUACCUGGUACUCAGGGUCCUUCCAUUAUUGGCUCUCCAGGGCCUCUAGGGCCCCAUGGACCACCAGGACCCAUGGGACCCCACGGUUUCUCCGGAUCAAAGGGUGAACCUGGAUUGCAUGGUUUGAAGGGGAUGCGAGGGGAACUGGGUCACAAAGGGGAUCGUGGACCUCUGGGUCUCCCUGGAUCCUCCGGCUUGGACGGCAAGCCCGGAAUUGGGGGAAUGGAUGGACCGUCUGGUCCAGCUGGUCCCGCUGGGCCAAAGGGUGACAUAGGUGAGAGAGGAACACAGGGUGAGCCAGGACCGAGGGGACCUUAUGGACUACCUGGAGCUGCUGGAACAGCAGGCUUGGACGGGUUGCUGGGCUUAAGGGGAGAGAAAGGCGACGAUGGGGAAAGAGGAGAAAAGGGGGAGAAGGGAAAGAAGGGCAAAAAAGGGCCUAAGGGGGAGAAAGGAGAACAGGGUGCCCCUGGAUUAGAUGCACCCUGCCCAUUGGGCCCAGAUGGAUUACCAAUACCUGGAUGCUGGCAGAAGGGAAUCACGCCGUGGCUGGUAGCCUGA